CCCCAGUUUCCAUUAACUCCGGUGGGCAAGAAUUUGACAUUAAUUUUUUAACUGCAAAAGUGACAAGUGAAAAAACAAAAACAAAAUGUUCGUAGUACGUCGUAGCGCAGCGCGCCUUUACCCCAGUGGAAUGCAAUUAGCCAAGAUGAGCAAUAGCCAACUUGGCGAUUUGGGUAGCGGUGCUGGCAAAGGGGGCGGUGGCGGUGGUUCGAUUCGCGAAGCUGGUGGUGCUUUCGGCAAAAUGGAAGCGGCGCGUGAAGAAGAAUACUUCUACAAGAAGCAAAAGGAACAACUCGAGCGUUUGAAGAACGAUCAAAUCCACCAAGCUGAAUUCCAUGCUCAACAGAUCAAGGAACACGAAGAAGCCAUCCAGCGCCAUAAGGCCUUCCUCGAGAAUAUUAAGAAGUAAACACAAUAAGCUAGAAGCUGUAACAUCACUAAACGGCUCGAAAGUCAAUAUCAGGACAAAAACAGCCGCAUAAAAUGCUUUAAAAAAGCUGCCGUAAUUAUUAUAUAAGAACGAAAAACAACAACAUCCGAUUAUUUUGCACUUUUUUGGUAUUUUUUAUUUUUGUUAAGUUUUCAACGUUCAUAAACCUACUGUAUGUCAGUGUUGAACAUUUUGAACGAUUUACAAAGUCGAAUUAUAAAUAAAAUUGAGCAAACGCAAUAAAAAUGGUAAACCUUUAAAUGUGAAACUCCGAA